AUGGUCGCCCUGGAUGCUGUCCGCGCCCACAACAGCAGCCUUAAGUCUUUGGCUCCUGGUCUUGUUGCUGUUUUUGUGGGUGGAACUUCUGGUAUCGGGUUCUCUACUGCCCGAGAAUUCGUUCGGAAUACUCAAUCUCCACACGUAUACCUCAUCGGCCGGAAUCAGAAUGAAGCCACGCGCAUUUCCGAGGAGCUCCGAACCAUCAACACGACUUCCAAGAUCGAUUUCAUCAAAAGUGAUGUCUCGCUUCUGAAGAGCGUCGAUGACGCAUGUAAGGAGAUCAAGGAGAAGGAGCAGAAGGUGAAUCUGCUGUUCAUGACGGCUGGAUACCUUACGACCAAGGGGAGAGAUGAGACGAUCGAAGGCCUGGACAAGAAGUUCUCGCUCCACUAUUACGCUCGCAUGCGGUUUAUCGACCAACUCUCACCUCUUCUCACAGCCGCCGCCAACGACGCAAACCCCAACGCUCGAAUGUCUAGUGUGCUGUCGGUUCUCAGCCCGCAAGCCGGCCGCUGGUUCUUGUCUGUCGACUUCGACGACCUCUCGCUCAAAAACAACUUCACGAUCCGGAAUUGCGCGACUCACGCGGCCAUCAUGAACAACUUCGCCAUCGAGCAUUUCGCGAAAGCCUAUCCGAAAACCACGUUCGUACAUGCCGCCCCCGGAGGUGUCCAUACAAAUGCGACGAGGGACAUGGGAACCUUUACAAAGGCGCUCAUUGGCGCUGCUAGCGUCUUUCUCAAGCCCUUCAUGACUGACCUGACAGAAAGCGGAGAACGCCAUCUUUAUGCCGCCACGGCUCCGCAAUUCGCACCGCGAUCUAUGAUGAAUACCGCCGACAACCAGGCGAUUGGGGGUGAUGGUGUUCGUGGGAGUGGGGCAUACCAGCUCAACUGGAAUAGUGAAGUCUACGACGAACAGCCGAAGUACACUGAAAUGAGGAACGAUGGGGCAGAACAGAAGAUUUGGGAUCAUACCUCAGGGGUAUUCAGAGCGAUUUGUGAGGGGGAGGGAAAAUACUGA